GCGCGUCCUGAUGUGUGCCUUUUAAACAACUUUACGGGCUUUAUAUCAGCUCCCGACUCACGCUGACUGACACAUCGACGUGCGCGACACUUGAAUUGUUGUGGAUGUGUCGUUACUAUCGCGCAAUCGGACUUUGCGUAAUUUUGCUUACUUUUGUGGCAGCGUGGAAAGAUCGGGCUAUUUAAUUUUUAAUUACGCGAUCGCCUUCUCUGCCUCUCGGGGCUCUUUUGGUCGAUAAAUAUGCUGCAAAUGCGAAUCCGUGUGGCUGUUAAACACGGCGCACUUUGUCCAGCAGCCCGUCGUUGUUGACGUUUGGUGUUCUUUGCCAGUUUUGGGCGAUCUGGACAGCAAGAAUGCAGAGCAGUGUUUCCCACUCACCGCCAACCAUAGCUGUUGGGACUGGGUGAGGAGGAGAGAGCAAGAGAGUGAAGAAGAGGAGCUACUGAAGGAGAAAGUGAGAGAAGGAAACAAAAGGACAAGUAGAAUUUUACAGAUUUUGGCUUACCUCGAUGUUUCUGCUGGAUCAUUGGCCCUUCCUGUGAGCUGUCGGUCACCUUCUUUUUUGACAAACCCCCGCAACUUCCCACGUUGAGCCUGCAAGGCAGGGGAGCCACAAGUAAAUUUUCAUGGCAGCGGCACUCUAGGGCUGCCAUGGCAGCUGCUGCCGCCGAUGCCUCACACCAUAUUACCGCACUGACGCUGGAGGAAGAGGGACGACGAACUGCCGCCAAGCUGUUUGGGAGCGCCGCCCCGCUGCCACGGACAGAGAGAGAAAGAGAGAGAGGGGGGGGGAAAGAGAGAGAGAGGGAGGAAGAAGGAGAAGAGGUAGGGAGAGCGUGUGGAAACGAGUGUUUGGUGUGCGGGGCCCUGUUCGCCUCACAGGAGAAGCUCCGGCUCCACGCCUUGAGUCACACAGGAGAGAAACCCUUCCACUGCUCGCAGCCACACUGUCCCAAGGCCUUCAGCUCCAAAUACAAACUCUUCAGGCAUAUGGCCACACACUCUCCGCAGAAGACCCAUCAGUGCUCGUUCUGUGAGAAAAUGUUCCACCGCAAAGACCACCUAAAGAACCACCUGCAGACCCAUGACCCCAACAAGGAGGCCUUCAAGUGUGAGGAGUGUGGGAAGCACUACAACACCAAGCUGGGAUAUAAGCGCCAUGUGGCCAUGCACUCUGCCACGGCAGGGGAUCUCACCUGUAAAGUGUGCAUGCAGACCUACGAGAGCACACCCGUACUCUUGGAGCACCUCAAGAGCCACUCCGGGAAGUCCUCUGGUGGCGCCAAGGAGAAAAAACACCCGUGCGACCACUGUGAUCGUCGUUUCUACACACGGAAGGAUGUGAGACGGCACAUGGUGGUCCACACAGGCCGAAAGGACUUCCUGUGCCAGUACUGUGCCCAGCGGUUCGGCAGGAAGGACCAUCUGACACGCCACGUGAAGAAGAGCCACUCGCAGGAGCUGCUGAAGAUCAAGACAGAGCCUCCUGAUAUGUUAGGUCUUUUAGCUUCAGGGUCACCACCUUGCUCUGUGAAGGAGGAGCUCAGCCCCAUGAUGUGCGGAAUGGGUCCCAACAAAGACCCAAUGAUGGGCAAACCAUUUCCCAGUGGGGCCCCUUUUCCGAUGGGCAUGUACAACCCCCACCAUCUCCAGGCCAUGUCUAAUUCUGGGGUGGGUCACCCACACCCGUCCCUAAUGCCCAGUUCCUUGUCUGCAGCUAUGGGCAUGGGCUGUCACAUGGAAUCCCCUGGACCUCUUCACCCACACUCCCAUCACCACCACCAUCACCACCACCAUCACCACCACCAUCAUUCCCCUCCGCUUCCCCCACACCACCAGCCUCCGGCUCCCCAGCAGCAGCACCAGCCCCAGCCAGCCCCCAAAUACCAGCUGGGAUCUACCUCAUACUUGCUGGACAAGCCCUUGAAAGUGGAGAUGGAGAGCUUCCUCAUGGAUCUGCAGAGUGGCUCGCCAGGCCCGGUUCCUUCUGUGGAGCCCCACGCUGCUGCCUCGCCCCCCAAGGACGGACUGGAGCCCACCUCGGGCCUGGCGGAUGAGCUUUGCGGGGAUCCUCUCCUGUCCAAGAGCCCUGUGGUGAUCGCUGAUUCUCUGUGUGCUGCUAACAUGGACUUCUCCCACCUGCUAGGGUUCCUGCCCCUCAACCUGCCUCCUUACAGCGCCCCCAUGAGCACGGGAGGGCUGGUGAUGGGCUACACCUCAUCUGCGACCUCUUCCUCUUCUUCCAUCUCCUCUUCCUCAUCUCUGCAUGCUGCCGAGCCCCAUGCUGCAGCAGUUGCCGCGGCAGCAGCUGCCGUCGCCACGGCACCUCUUACCUCUUUGCAACCACAACCUCAGGAGCAGCAGAGCUCCAGUGGGGGUCUGGGCCUCGGACCCCUGCACCCCCUCCCAUCAGUGUUCAGCUCCAGCCUUAGUACCACCACACUGCCUCGCUUCCACCAGGCCUUCCAGUGAGAAAGCCAGCCCUCGGCCCAGCCCUCGGCCCAGCCCUCGGCCCAGCCCUCGGCCCAGCCCUCGGCCCAGCCCUCGGCCCAGCCCUGCCUAGCCAAGAUGGCCUCCACGCCAGCCUCAGCUCAUAUCAUGGAUAUUUCGGGCUGUGGUUCUUUACAGGGCCUGAUCGAAAAUGUUGGAGAAUUAGAAUAAAUAAAUACACAAAUGAACACUUAGAAGCCUUAAAUGAAAGCGCACAAAAGCCUUUGAUUGAGCCUUAAAAGGAAGUUAAACCCCUUUGAGCAAAAAGGUAAAGGUGAGAAAAGAAGUUGAAGCAGCUUUUAGUUGGGCUUUUUUUUCCUAUCCUAUAGUUAUAACGAUGUAUUAACCCAUCUUUUUUUAUUUCCAUUUACUUCCCCUUUUAUCCCCCUUCCAUCCCCUAUUUAGUAGUAUAGAGGGCAGGAUCAGUAGGCCAAAAGGCGUGGUGCUGCAUACUUUCUAAAGUAAUAAUAUAAAAAAAAAAUCAAGAUAAUUUUAGUGAAGAUUAUCUGUCUUGUCGUGACCCAGAAAAAAAAAUAGUUUGAAGUGGAUAUUUUGUUUUACUUUAUUUUUCUUUUCCAAAUGUAAGAACAUGGUAGAAUGUGUAUCAUCUUGAGUUUUGAACCACCCACUCUAAUAAUUUAAACUGUCAUGAUCAAUACGGAGAGGAGAGAGAUCAGUGAAGGAAUGAAAAAAUAUAGACAUUGAGUCAACAAUUGAACCUUAACUCUAAAAUCCUCCUCUAGAUGGCUAUUCUAGAGCCACAAAAGCGACCCCUGCCUCUAAAAAAAGUGCUCUUCAAACAAGAAAAAAAACAAAGAUGGAUGACCCUUAUUUUCUUUUAACUGUAACUGAAGUGCUCCUAGAGUCAGGUCAGUUUCAUUGAAUAUAGCGCACUAAAUGAAAAACAGACUCUUAUCAUAUAAUUGAUAAGAUACUUGUUUGCUGCCAAACAAAAAGACCAGUCACACACAUGGCCACACAUUUUUAAAGAAAACAAAAAAAGAAAUAAAUGUGAAAGUGUGUGAGUUGGUUGAAAAUGAUGUAAUAUCAUGCUUGCUUUUUUACUGUUCCUCGAGAGAAGCACUUUUUUUUAGCAGAAGGCACUUCACCUUUAGGAAUCUCCCUGGGAAACCUUUUGUCUCCUUCCUCAUGACUUCUAGAGGUUUUCACUGCCUGAGACAGAGACUUUCUCCUCACUCUCCAACCUUCACCUGUCUCCCUUCUAACAGUUAUCUUUAAAAGUUCCCAUGAUAAUGAUAAUUGCAGCUGUUUCUUGGCUGCCCAACAUGCCUAAAAUAUAUAUUUUUGGAAUAAAAUACAAACACAUCUUUAGGCAGUCUUUAAAAAAGAUGCAUCAUCAUGGUAAUGAUGAACCCUGACAUAUGUGAAUGGCAAAAAACAAAAGAAUUACAGUGACAGAUGAGGAAAAAUGUGUUAAAGAAUGUUAUUGCAGUGUACGAAAUAUCUCAAAAAUGAAUAUUAUAAUUGCUUUUAUCUCAGUAAGGUGUAUUUUAGGUAGACGUAUUAAAACUAAGUGAUGAUGUUUUUGAUGUCUGGCAGGUUUACAUUUGUGUGUAUCUUGCAUUUUUGAUCAAACAAAUGGAUGAAGUAUUAGCUUUUUCCCUUAAGCUUUCUCUGUCAUAUCCAAUCUUUACCUUUACAUGUACUUGAGUUAGUAUAGUGGAAUCAGAACUGUGGAUGGGAAAUAUUUAUAGAAGGCUGUUAGUGGCUUAAUAAUCAAUUAGGAUUUGAACUAGAUAGAUUGUGUCAUAGGGAUGCUGACAUGGAUGGCCUAUGAAUCCAUGACUAGGUCUUGAUCCAGUGGAAUAUGUAACCCCUGUGCUGUGAUGAAAUCCCAGCUGAAGAACCACCUGAGCUCCCAGGACCUUAGUGGUUUUGGAUGUCUUGGAGUUUAGAUCCUUUCUAACCAUUCACCACCAGCCUAUAAAAACCUGAGCCCAAAGUUAACCUAAGCCUCAAAGUGAAAUAGGUGCUCUUUUUCUAAUGUUCUCUGUGGCAUAUCCAACACAACUGUCAUAUCCUUAACUUCACACAGGGCCGAGCUCCUGCAUCAUCUGUGAUAGUAAAUGUCGUUCCAGUCAUUGAAGAAGACCCGUUCACUUUGCCUAUAGCAGUCGUCAUGCCAUAGACGAGCCCCAACCACCAUUAAAUGUCCAGUAAAAACAAAUAAAAAAAGAAAAAACAGCACAUAAAAAUGAAAAAUAAAAUACAUAUUGCUGCUUUUAGCUACGGUUGCUGAUAGAUGACAACUGUAGACCACUAGAACAUUCAGAUUUUUUGCAAGACGGACAGCAAGCUGAAAACAUGCACAAACCGAACCGACAAAGUGUUCAUCAUCCCCGGGUCCCAUCCCUUCUGUACUCCUCCUCCUCCUCUCUCAGCUGCUUUGUAGAGUUAAAGGAAAAGGGUCUGAAAAUACUGCGAUAUCCGGAAGAACGCAGUCACCGAAUUCCCGGGCUUUGACAUUCAAAGCACAGGGAGACACAUGACUGACUGCACUACUUGGGGUAUUGCUCAUAGUCGUUUAUUUGUUUUGUUUGUUGUCAUAUGAUAUAUUAUUUUCUGUUUGUAUAAAACAGGACCUCGAGAAACAACACAACACAUCACCUCAUUUUUAUUUGUUUUAUUUUUCUUACCAAAACCUGGGGAGAAGAAACUACAUUUUUGCACAAUUGCUUGUUACAAAAUGCUACAAGUGUUAUCCGAUUUUUGAUACUGUAGGAGAUAAAACCCUGACGAUGAGCAGCUGAUGGCCCCUGUGUGUUAGACAGGUGAAUAUUGCCCUUGGAAGGUAGCAGCAGCUGAAAUUUCAGAAUCAGCAAACACGGAUGUAGAAAAAGCUUCCCCACAGUCUGACUGUUUAAUCACAACUUCAUUGCUGAAAUUGUUCUGAACUAUUUUACACUUGUUAGUCUCCCCCCGGAAAGUCUUUAUUUUGAUGAUGACUCCUAUAAAAUGAUCAAACUUUUUAUUGAUCCUAAAAAAAAAUUGCUGCCAGCACCUUUCUGAGAAUUUACACUAUAUAUUAAAAAAGGCAAGAUUCAAAUUUGAUCUUUAUUAUGACCUUAAAAAAAGGUCAUUUUUAAGAAAAACCCUGUUGGCUUAAGCCAAAUUUGUAGCAAUCAAAUUGAGCAUUUAUAUUUUUCUAACAAAUAUUCAUUUAGUCCUAAAAAAGGUUAAGGAAAAGCUUUUGGCAUGUAUUAAGUUUGUCCUCCCUGGGUUUCUGUGAGCUAAUCUGAAUUCUAGCACUUUCAACCUUUAAAAAAAGAGUAUUUUUUCUUUUAAAAUUUCAGCUUAUAUGUUCAUAUGUUUUUAAUUUUGUAUUGAUCCUGUAUAUGUAUGUGCCAUUAGUUUGAUGUGUAGACUUUAUCAACCUUUGUGUAUUUCUCUUCUCCAAAAGAAUAACAGUAUUUUUGAUAGACUUUUCACUAAUACCCUUCUACAUAAGAGCCCCCUGCCCCUCCUCGUUUGAAACCUUUUUGUUUUUGGGUAACCAGCUUUGCCUUCUCUCUCAUAAAUGUAUCUAAUCAACCUCUGUAGCCAAGUGCUUGAAGAGAACAGCAACAACAUAUCUGUUAUUCUGAGGCGGUGAGAAACAGGACCGUUGUCAGUAGUGUCAAAGCCACAACCUGACCACAACCUGCCAUUGAAACGCUGUUGCAACAGAGACCCAUCUGCAGGCCAUUUUUAGACCAUGAAACUGAACAGAAAGUGAGGAGUGACCCCAAAAUAUAGCACUUACAGCUUACAGCCAUGGUCACCGAACCGGUUGUCCCUGCCAGAAGGAACAACUUCAUGCUGAUAAUGACUCAUAUGUACGAAUAGUACCAUAGUGUUGCAAGAAUUAUAGUUUCUGUUUUCCAUUUGUGAAGUGGGUAAUUGACUAUCAAAUGUGGCUUUUAAUUAAUGUUACUAAACAUAAACUCAUCAAGUAGUUGAAAAAGAGUAUAACUUUGUUUUUUUAAGACAAAAGUGAAAAAGUCUUAGUUGUUGAACAUGGAAGUGUGGUUAGGCCGUGCUUGUAGCUGUGAAACACUGACAACAACAAAUCUCACACCUGUUGUACCACCUGAGCUCAUAAUGGUCAAGUUUUUCAGAGAUGUUUUCAGAGUGAUUCACCCAGGACUGGGUCAGUCAUGCAAGUUAAUCAAAAAUUUGACUUAAUUAUCAGAUACUUUGUGAAAAUUAUUACUUACUAAACCAACAUUAUCACUUAGUAUAUGAUAAUUUUUCCUUACUACAGUAUCUCACAACUUUAACUUACCAUUUGUAUUUUAGCAUUAGUUUCCAGCAAUUUUUUCUUUUUCUGGCAGAAAUGGGCUUCCGUAGUCUGAGCUGACACAAAAAUCUGAUACCAAAUCAGCACAACUCUGAAAUACUUGAUACUGCCCUCUGACAGUAAUGUUGUUCUGUUCCUUGGCUUGGCUGUAGCUCCAUUACCUCGACCUGCACCUACUAGGGAUGCACUUAUCCUCACCCUUUCCUCUUUACUACUAGGUGCAGAACACAAACAUUUUAAGGGAAUUUGUUCAUCAGUUUAAGAAAAAAAAACUGAUUUGAUUUUAAUAAUGCUCUCUCGUUCUCUCCCUCUCUUUUUUGCUUUUAGUAAGAAACUGGGUACUGUCUGAUGCAGGCAACAUCCACAUGUAGUUUUAUAUAUUUCUAGCUUAAUGUAAGUCUUGCAUUCCAACCUCUUUGUGUAUCUCGUUUAGUGACAUAGCCCAUUUUAUUUUUAUCACUUGCUAUUACAGCCACCUCUGGAAUAAAAAGGUGAAAAGUGAACGAAAAUACAAUAUUUGCAUUCACUUACACUAUUUUAUAUAGCAUGGAGUUUAUCAACUACAGGGAGAAUUAUAUAAAUGAUGUGCUUCGGAGAAAGAAAAUGAGAAGUCUUGCUUUUUUUGUUACAUAUCUCACUCACAUGCAAUCAGUUGCUGCAAUGUAAAAGUGACAGAUUUGUAUAUUGGUUGAUCCAAAGAGAUGAUGAACACAACACCAGAACUAUUGACUUAUUGUACAGUACAGUGUAUCCUUGAGUUUUCAUGUGUUAUGUUGAAAUGAUUAAAAGAAAAAAACAGCGGUUUCAUA